AUGUUUGUAAAGAGGUAUAAUAAGAGUUGUUUAGUUGCUGUUUUGUUUUUAUGCUGUUUGAUAAAGGAAUGUGUAACAUGUUUUACGGAAGAUGAAUCUGAAGUUACAAAAGUAAAGUCUGGAAGUUCAUUUUAUGAAGAAUGUAGAUGUGAUGAACCAGGUCCGACAGGCGUUCAUUUGAAAUGGUUUGACAUAAACGAUCAAGAAGUAAUAGCAUUAGGACCAGGUACGAAAUCGAAUGUAUAUACGGAAUGGAUUGAUGAAAAAGUAUACGGUUUGUAUAUUUCCAACGUAACCAAAUCAAUAUCUGGUGCAUAUAAGUGCGUGACAAACUUCAGUGGACAACAAUACACAAAAGUAUUUAAUAUUGAAGCUUACGAUUUACCAUACUUCGUUAAUACAGCAGAGAUCCAGUAUCUUGUUAAUGGAAAAGAUGAGUUAGUUAUUUGUGAAGCUCGAGGUGAAACUGAUCCUUUUAUAAGUUGGCAUAAAGAUAAAGACGGUUUUAUUGAGAUAUCAGACGAUGACAAAUAUGAGAUAGUUUCUUCAAAAGGUCUCAUAAUUAGAAAUGUCACAAAAGAAGAUGGAGGAAUUUAUAAAUGCACAGCAUCAGACCUAGAAACAGGUGAAGGAAUCGACAAAGAUAUUAAAGUUGAGGUUACGUACAUGCCAACUUUAGAUGGCCUCAUAGCUACACCGGAAGCGACUGUUGUUGUUGGUGAGACGUUAACCAUAGAAUGUGUUGCAAAGGGAAUGCCUCCUCCUGAAUAUAUAUGGAGGAAAGUCUCAGAAAUGGAACCCGCAGAUGUUAAUGUGACUUGGCACCAAAUAACAAACACCAUUGUAUUCGAUAGUGUUGUAGCAGAAGAUAGAGGUAUUUACGAGUGCACCGCUUUUAAUGCUGCUGGCAAUGCAACUAAAGAAAUUACGAUUGAUGUACUGGUUCCACCUGAAAUUACACAAUUUAACAAUAUUACAAUAAUAGAAGGUGAAACCCCACAAAUUAUAUGUAAAGCAAUAGGAAGACCCAGGCCGAAAGUUUCAAUGACAUUUGAAGGUGGUGCAUCGGAUGAUAACAAAGGAAUAUACUGGCACAUAUGGAAUACAAGUGAUUUUGAAACUAAAUUUCAAUUAUCAUUUAGUCAAGUCAAGAGGACACAUCAGGGAUCUUAUAUUUGUAACGCAAGUAAUGAAGUGGAUUUUGCAACUAAAGAGAUAUACAUGUCAGUAUUACACAAACCAUAUUUGAACUCAGCCACGGAAAGUUUAUGGGGCUGGAAUGGAAAAAUUGUAAAUUUAACCUGUGAAAACGAAAGUAAUCCACCUUCUCAAAUUUAUUGGAGGUAUCAAGGGAACGAUAUAUCAACAGCGGAGCAAGUGUUAAUUAAUAACAUGUUAGAAGAAAAAGUAAACAAUACGUCAGAAUACUUUAUACCGUUACUUAUUGACAAGCCAUCUCUGUAUGGAAUAUACGAAUGCGUAGUAAGAAAUGAUUACGGCGAAGACACAAAAACUAUUACGCUGCGAGAAGGAUUCACCCCACCUUCCAUUAAAAAUGUCACUAUACUUGAAAUAACUUCAACAUCGGCAACCUUCGCUAUUGUGGGACCUAAUGAAGUAAAUGGUCCGCCUGUAAUUGGUUUUACGGCUGAAUAUGACGAAUCAAACAACUACGAUAUCACCGACAUUCAUAUCAAUAGAACUUGGUCGAUAGAUAGACCGUACAAAGUGGACAAAUUGAAACCAAAUACAACGUAUUAUAUCAAGUUUGCAGCUGUAAACGACGUCGGUGCGGGGCCGUGGAGUGAAAGUUUGGAAUUUAUUACCCUCGAGACAUCCGCCACCGACCCUCCAGAAUGGGAUGUAGAAUCAGAAUCUUUAAUAGCGGCAAGUAACAAGCAAGUUCUUAGCUGGAAGAUUCCUGAAUAUACUGAAGAGCCGAUAGAUUACUAUGCUUUACGUUAUUGUCCGAUGAUGAAUAGUAUAGUUCAAGAUGAUUUAUGCCAAGAAGAAAUUAUCAAAUCCAACGAAUUUGAAUUAACAGAUUUUAAGUAUAACACAACAUACUCUUUAGAAUUAAUUGCACAUAACCCUCAAGGCAAUUCAUCUGCUUCACGUCUUUAUGUUAUAAUGCCAGCGGAAGAUUUAUCACCGAUGUUGUCAGCUGGUGCUUUUAUAGGUUUAUCAGUAGUAGUGGUCUUCAUUUGUUUAUUGCUGCUCGAUUUACUAUUCCUGCUUUGGCGGCGGCAAGGAAUUAUGGCAAAGUGCUGUUAUAAGAAAAAGAAUAAGAGAACAGAAGAUAGUCUUAGAUCACGGGAUAAAAAGGGUCUCCUUAAAAGCGGCGAAUCGACUUCAGGUGAAAGUAUGAAGAGACCGAGCAAUGGACAUAAAGAAUACGAAUACGACAAAACCACUGGAGUCAUUAUUGGAAAACAUUCAGCAGUUUGA